CAGAGGAGCCGAGCUGCCGGCGACCCGACACCGGCUGCAAGGCAGGCGAGCGAGGAGGAGAGGAGCUGCUGCAGAACCGCGCACUAAUGCAUGGCCGAUGUCAGCUGCAUGCGAACCAGCACGGCUCUGCUCGCAUCCAUGUAUCCCCCCCCAUCUAUUAGUGGCAUGCUGCAGCGGCGGGCUGCUUAUUGCUCAGAGAUGGUGAAGAGAGGCACCCAUGUCACCUUACUGACGUCACCCAGCAGGCUAAUUGAGGACACUUAAGCUGGGUGGGCAGGUUUAUUAUUGUUCAUGUGACGGAUUCUACUACAUUUCCCGUGAUGCCACACGCCGGAACCGGAAGUACAAGGAAGGCGGAAACAUGCGAAGAGUGAGCCGGCAAUCCUGUGAGGACGGCCCGCUGCUGGAGGAGCAGGAGACGGAAGGCCAGCGGCAGCUUCACAGCCUCCUGCUGCAGCAGCUCCACACUGACGUUGACAUCGAACGAUGUGUAGCCAAGAGGCAGUGCUUCGCCCCGUCGGCACUCUACCGGCCGUUUGGGGAACAGGCAGCUGGAGUGAGGAGUCUGUCCCAGUUCCAGGCCCUGCAGGACGGGGAGCAGGAGCUGGCCAGCUUGCGAGAACUGGGCCUGACCGACACCGAGAUCCAGCUGUGGCAGAGCAGAGAUGCACCAGAGAAGUCCCAUGGUGUGUGUGCAGCUCCAGGUGCGAAGCAGCAGCGCCUGCAGGUGAUCAGAGACAAGAUUGAAGCCAGGGCCGAGCUCCUGUCCCGCCCACAGCGCUUCGCCGCCAGCCGGCCUCUGUCGCGCCGGGAGAUGGAGAUCGAACGAGCGCUAUUCCAGGGGAAUGAUCGCCUGGGUUUCCUCACUGCGCUUUACCACAGAGACGAAGAUAACCAGGAAGGCCAGCAGGGGGAGUCGUCGUCGUCUGAUCCAAUGGACUCUCUCUACAGAGAUGUUCUCAUGAAGGGGAGACAACAAGCUUCACAACAGCACUCUCAGAGAGAAACAAGUGGAGCAUCACACCUGCCUACACACAGAACUGUAUCUGACCAAUCACAUGACUCGCAGAGAGGCAACAGCCAAUCAAAAGAAGCUUCUGACGGUCAAUCUGAACUGCAGGGUGAGAAAAGCAGCUGGUCAGUGCUGCCAGAGUCGAGGUCAGACACCUCAGAGCAGCCGAACAGACCGGGUAAACCCCCACUGGCUGCUCCAACGCAGAUAGAUAUAAGCCAGCCAAUCGGCAGUCUGUGCGUAGCGGCGACGCCGAGGUCAGGGGGUCCGCUGACUGUCAGAGGGGAGAUUGAGACCAUCUCAGACGAAGAAAUCCUGAAGAACCGUGAAUCUGAAGAAGGGAUCCGGAGCAUUCCGAGGUUCAGAAACUACCAGCCGGGGAAACCCUCCAAGGUGCUGUGUGUAAAGAACCUGUGUGCACGGGCGUCUGUGGCCCAGCUGGUGGCGCUGUUCUCCAGGUACGAGCAGGAAAAUGGGCCGCCAGUCCUUUACCGCCUGCUGACUGGAAGGAUGAAGGGUCAAGCCUUCAUCACUCUGCCAGAUGCUGAAACAGCCGAGAAAGCCUUGCAGCUGGUCCAUGGAUACCGGUUGCUAGGGAAACCUUUAGUGGUUGAGUUUGGCCGUGAGCGACAGGAAGAGGAGAAACAGAAGGACAAGAAGGAGCAGGAGGAGAAGAAAUAAGAAAUGUUUGCAGACGACAACAUGGAUCCUCCAGAGAGAAUAACAGGCUGAGAUGAAUGUGACUGUAUAUUAUUUAUUUUUACUUGACUAAAGGUCAUGUUUCAUAUUAAUAAAUGCCAGUUAUUUUCCCUAAA